CGAUGUCCUCCGCCCCGAUCGCGGGGCUCCGCGCGCGCGUCGUCGCCAAGCGCGUCGCGCGGCGGAACGUCGAUCGCGCGAUCCGCGCCGUCUCCACGGAGCGAUCCGCCGCGAAUAAUCUGGGGAACGAAAAGCUACGAUCCGUCGCCGGCGCCGUCGCCGCGGAGAAGGACGUCUCCGAGAAGCUCAAGGCGCUCAUCGCCCGCGGCGGCGACCUCCCCGCGCUCCCGGAGUCGGACCGCGCGCCGUCGAACCGCGUCAUGGGCUGCACGUCGCAAGCGUGGAUCGACGUCUCGCUCGACGCGGACGGCAAAGUCCUCCUCCGCGGACACAGCGACGCGCAGAUCACGACCGGGUUCGCGGGCGUCCUCGCGGCGGGCCUCGGCGGGCUCUCCCCCGAGGACGUCCUCGGCGUGGACGACGACGUCGUGAAGGACCUCGGUCUGGGCGCCUCCGCGCUGCCGCGGUCUCGCGCCAACGGGUUUCGCAACAUGCUCGAGUCGGUGAAGAAACAGACGCGACUGCUGAGGGACGGGCGAGACGCGAUGCCGUUCCCGUCGCUGCUCGUCACCGCGGACGGCAUCGAAGCGCGAGGGCCGUUCGCGGAGGCGCAGGCGAAUUACCUCGAACCCGACGCCGAGGCGGUCGCGGCGCUCGUGAAGGAGCUGAAGGCUAAAAAGAUCGGCGUCGUCGCGCACUUCUACAUGGACCCGCAGGUCCAAGGCGUGCUGAUGGCCGCCGCGAAAGAGUACGAACACGUGUUCAUCUCCGAUUCGCUCGUCAUGGCGGACGCCGCGGUUAAGAUGGUGGAAGCCGGCUGCGACGCCGUCUGCGUCCUCGGCGUCGACUUCAUGUCGGAAAACGUCCGAGCGAUCCUCGACGACGCCGGGCACGCGGACGCGAAGGUGUACCGCAUGGCCGCGGAGGACAUCGGGUGCUCGCUGGCGGAGGCGGCGCAGUCGGACGCGUACUACGAGUACCUCGCCGCCGCCGACGGCGUGGAGAACGCGGUGCACGUCAUCUACAUCAACACCGCGUUGGACACAAAAGCGAACGCGGACGCCAUCGUGCCCACGGUGACGUGCACGUCCAGUAACGUCGUGCAGACGGUGCUUCAGGCCGCCGCGCAGGUUCCCGGCGUGAACAUCUUCUACGGCCCGGACACGUACAUGGGCGGGAACCUCGCGGAGUUGUUCACCAUGAUGUCGACGUGGACGGAUGAGGAGGUAGCCGCGGUGCAUCCCGCGCACUCGCGCGCGACGAUCAAAGCGCUGCUGCCGCGGCUGCGGUACUUCCAGGACGGCACGUGCAUGGUGCACCACAUGUUCGGCGGGGACGUGUGCGACACGGUGCGGAAGUUUUACGGCGACGCGUACCAGACGGCGCACUUCGAGGUGCCCGGGGAGAUGUUCAAGCUCGCGAUGGAGGCGAAGCGCGAGCGCGACAUGGGCGUGGUGGGCUCGACGAAGAACAUCUUGGAUUUCGUCGUCGACCGCGUGGACGACGCGAUCGCGCGAAAACACCCCAACGGCGAGCGUUUAUCUUUCGUACUGGGCACCGAGACCGGUAUGGUCACGUCCAUCGUGCGCGCGGCGCAAGCGCGGCUGAAAAAGGCCAAGGCGGACGGCGUCCCGGACGUCGAGUGCGAGAUCGUCUUCCCCGUCUCCGCCGACGCGGUGACCGCGACGGGCGAGACGCAAGCGCCGUCCAUCGGCGGGCUCGCCGUCGUCCCCGGUCCCGCCGGCGGCGAGGGGUGCUCCAGCGAGGGCGGCUGCGCGUCGUGCCCGUACAUGAAGAUGAACUCCCUGGACGCGCUGAUGCGAGUGUGCGCGCGCGUGGGGACGGAGGGGGGCGCCGCGACGCUCGCGCCGAUGGAGCCGAAAAAGUACGCCGCCGCCAAAGAAGGGGAGAAGUCCGUCGCCGCGCGCGGGUGCGUGCCGAUCCUGCACAUGCGCGAUUUCACGCGGGAUAAGAAGUUCUCGGACGCCUUCGUGAACGACAUCUACGGUGAUCUUAACCUCAUCAUAACGUAUCAUAUCACACGAGCGCGCGCGUCGCGCCGCGCGUUCCCUCCUCCUCCCUCGCGCGCCUCGCUCGCUCACGCCCUCGCGGCGAUGCUGAGAAGCUCCAAGUCGAUAGUCAGCGUCGCGUUCGGGGGAAUCUCUUGCACCUGA